AUGGACACCAACACAUCGGCAGCGCUGAUGUUAGAGCGACAGGCUUCCGACACUUCCUCUGGAUGCGCAGACAAGAACUGGCAAUGCUACGGCUGGGCACGCCUGGGCUACUGUUCCAGCAACGCGGCAUACAUGCGGAGCAAUUGCCGCCGCAGUUGCAAUGUAUGCGGUGGCAAUGGUGGUGGCAGGCAGGACUGUAAAGGAAUCAACGAGCCCUGCUGGAUCAACGCGCAAUGCUGCUCCGCUCGAUGCGCUAUGCCUACUUAUCACUGCCGACCAGUCGGAGGACCUGGAUUUCGAUGA